AAGGAACCUUUGAAGACCUUGGAAGGAGAGAGAGUGAAUUCAGCCUAUUUCCUGGUUGCAGUUCCUGAUCACUGGAUUGUGAGAGAUGUGGAGUCUGCACAAAUGUGAAAGAGUGCUGAUGCGACUAAGGAAGAGAAGAAAUGCAAGGGGUCAGCUAGAUUAAUGGGAGAUGGUAUACACAUAAGGAACGUAUCCUCUAAGGGAACCAUGGAUAUUGAAGCAUAUUUUGAAAGAAUUGGUUAUAAGAACUCCAGGAACAAAUUGGACUUGGAAACAUUAACUGACAUUCUUCAGCACCAGAUUCGAGCUGUUCCUUUUGAAAACCUUAACAUUCAUUGUGGAGAAUCCAUGGAGUUAGACUUAAAGGCCAUUUUUGAUCAAAUUGUGAGAAAGAAACGGGGUGGGUGGUGUCUCCAGGUCAAUCAUAUUCUAUACUGGGCUCUGACCACAAUAGGGUUUGAGACCACAAUUUUGGGAGGAUAUGUUUAUAACACCCCAGCCAAUAAAUAUAGCAGUGGUAUGAUUCACCUUCUAGUACAGGUAACCAUCGGGGGCAGAAACUACAUUGUUGAUGCUGGGUUUGGACGCUCCUACCAGUUCUGGGAGCCUCUGGAAUUAAUUUCUGGGAAGGAUCAACCUCAAGUGCCUGCCAUUUUCCGCUUGACAGAAGAAAAUGGAAUCUGGUACCUGGACCAAAUCAGGAGAGAGCAGUACAUUCCACACCAAGAAUUUCUUAAUUCUGAUCUUCUAGAAAUGAAAAUAUACCGGAAAAUCUAUUGUUUUACUCUUGAACCUCGAACAAUUGAAGAUUUUGAAUCCAUAAAUAUUUACCUUCAGACAUCACCGGCAUCUGUGUUUACAAGCAAAUCUUUUUGUUCCUUGCAGACUGCAGAAGGGGUUCACUGCUUAGUGGGCUGGACCCUCACCUACAGGAGAUUCAGUUAUAAGGACAACACAGAUCUGGUAGAGUUUAAGACUCUGAAGGAGGAAGAAAUAGAUGAAGUGUUAAAAACCACAUUUGGUAUUUCAUUAGAGAGAAAACUUGUGCCCAAACAUGGUGAUCGAUAUUUUACUAUUUAGGGUAAGCAGCAGAAAUAGUCUUCCAUGUACUGUAUAUAAUUAAACUUUUAUCAUAAAAAAUUUCAAACAUGUCCAAAGUACUUAAGAUUCAAUAUAACAAAGACAAAUGAGACAUAUUAACCAA